AUGCUCAGCGACGACCGACCGCUGGCGCAGGCGAAAUUGACACACGCACCCUCAUUCCCCAGGAGUCACGACCGCGGCGAACAUUUGCACACCGACGGCACGAUUCAAUUCACACGUCUACCGGAUCCAACCCGCUCUAGCGGCUCGGUCGACGUUCGCUGUCCGCUUGGAAGAGGAAAUAACGCGCGUCAUGCCAACAUUAUCUUGUCACCGGCACCGCACAAAACGAUUGCUAACAAGGAGCUAUCACACUCGACCGCUUCGGAACAUUUCGACUCUGUCGGUUCGGAGAAGUGCCUUAAAGACCACCUCGCUGGCACAAGGGUUAAACUGGCUAGCGCAGGCGAAAAUAACCCCUGCUGCGUUCGAAUAAAGCGCAACCCGAACGCAGACCGCGCUCGGCACAAUCAGUUCGCCCUCUGCGCACGGAUGCUCUGUGCAGAUAAUGGGCCGUUGUCUCCGGUCUUCGGUGCGGAAUGCCAUGGGAACGGGUGCGAGGAGACGGGGCGCCGCGGC